CUACCAUCUGAUGUGAUAUACUAAAUAAGCUACUGGGUGAAAACAGAACCCUAUAGUCUUUCGCGAAAUACUGUUUUCUUUUUAAAAAGGCAAGUGGCUGGAUGCCCCAAUAACAUCACGGUCCUUUCAUGACAGCCGACGCGGACUUCACGGCUUGUUUUCCGCGCUGUGCUCGUAUCAGGAAUGUCGAUACUUUUGCUACGUUUGAUCUGAGACUUUUGAGGGAGCGACAUGUCAUUCAAUUUUGGACAAACCAGCGGUGGGGGCUUUACUUUUGGAACCCCUAAAACCAUUGCUUCAGCCACUGCUUCAGCCACUGGCUUUGGAUUGCAGACCAGUACUCCAGCUGGAGGGGGCUUCACUUUUGGGGCUGCAUGUCAACCUCAACCUCAACCUCAACCUCAACCUCAGGCAUUGGCUGGCACAUCUCAAAUAGCAGGACUCCUUGCACAGCCAACUACAAGUAAUGGCACCUCACAGGGUGGCUUUACCUUUGGUGCAAUGCAACAAAGCAGUGUUACUGGUGGAAGUGGAGGAUUUACAUUUGGCGCAUCCGCUCCAAAACUGGGUUUCAGCCAGCCUACAGCCUCUCAGCCUGUCACUAUAGGAGUGACUCUGGGAGGGCUAGUACCACCAUCCUCCUCCACCAGCACGGGUUUCACGUUUGGAGCCCUUUCUACCCAGACCACGUCUGCAAUCCAACCAUCUACUGGGGGCUUGAACUUUGGAGCGGCUAAGGUUCAAGCCACCACAGCUCUCCCAGCACAGACUACUCCUGCCCUCUCACUGGGUGGGCAAACCACAGGUCUCACUCUGGGAGCCACUGCACCAGCUUCCACAGCUUCUUCUACAGGAUUCAGCUUUGGGGUCAAGCCUGCAGUAACCCCAUCUCCUGCUACGACUACAGCUGUUAGCCUGGUUCCUGCAGGCUCUUCUCUGUUUGCCACCCCCAUAACAUCAGCACCAGCUACAGGCUUCACCAUAGGUGGUACAAUAACGGCAGCAGUACCUGCAGUGACUACAGCAGGCCCUGCCUCCACAGGCUUGUCACUCAAACCACUAGGAACUGCAGCUGCCAGCGCUGUCAUGACGGCUGCUGUUACCACAGUGGCUUCCACAAGCUUUUCACUGGGUUUGAAGCCUGCUGCAACUGCUGCUCCAAUAACUUCUGCAGCCACCAUCACUGCUACUGUUGCAGCCAGUGCUGCACCAGUGAUGUCAUAUGCCCAGCUGGAAGCUUUAAUCAAUAAGUGGAGUUCUGAGUUGGAGGACCAAGAGAGACAUUUCCUUCAGCAGGCCACACAGGUCAAUGCCUGGGACCGGAUGCUGGUAGAGAAUGGAGAAAAGAUUACAGCUCUUCAUAAAGACAUGGAGAAAGUUAAACUGGACCAAAGAAGACUAGACCAGGAGUUGGACUUCAUCCUGUCCCAACAGAAAGAGCUGGAGGAUCUUCUUGUCCCACUGGAGGAGUCUGUGAAGGAGCAAAGUGGUACCAUUUAUAUGCAAAAUGCUGAUGAGGAGCGAGAAAGAACGUAUAAGUUGGCAGAAAAUGUUGACUCUCAGCUGAAGAGAAUGUCCCAAGAUUUAAAGGAAAUCAUUGAGCACCUUAAUACAUCCAAUGGGCCAGCAGACACAAGUGACCCGCUGCAGCAGAUCUGCAAAAUCCUAAAUGCCCACAUGGACUCCCUUCAAUGGGUUGAGCAAAAUUCUGUUCUACUUCAAAGGCGUGUGGAAGAGGUGUCAAAGUUGUGUGAGAGUCGCAGCAAGGAGCAAGAGAAGAGCUUUCGUCUAAACUUCCAGUGACUCUGCAUAAAGGAUGACACAGCCCCAUUAGUUUAAAUGAAUAUUGUUUUGAUCAUUGUUAGAAUAAAAAAUGUGUACUUUUUACUCAUCA